AUGGUCAGACAAUGUCAACAACCAUCAACACGAAAUUCAUUUGAAUCAAUGGAUGGUGUUUUAAAAACAGCACAUUCACUUUUUGAACGUUAUAAAUGUGAACAAAAAUUGGCAAGAAUUAUGAAACAGCAUCCUGAAAUCUUGGAUCAAGUUACAACAGAAAUUUGUCGAGCAAUUGCUCUUUAUAUUGAUGAUUAUAAUGAUGACUUCAGAUCAUUUGCACAACAAUUUGCUUUAGCUAUUUGGUCUUUAUUAACACAAUUAAUUCAGCGAUGUUGA